GUUUCACUCAUUGCUUGGCUCUUCUGCAACCCACAGUUAUCUCUUAUUCCCUUUCAAUGUUGUAUAUCCUUGGGUUUGUGCUUUUAUUAGCCGUAGUGCUCUGGUUCGCUCGCCAUCGCAUUGCGCACGGUGCCUCACAGCUGGCCAAUGCAACCAAUCGUCUUUUGGGUUACCGUAUCCUGCCAACCCAUGAAGGAUCGUUUGAAACUGACAUUGAAGACGGCUUGACAAGUUCUCAGUUUGACCUCCAUGCCAAUCUAGCUGAUAAUGACCAUCGUGCAGGACUAAAGGACAAGGAAGAAAUUAUGAGAAUCAUGAAAAGGGAAAGAGUCAGCUUUGAUCAAGCCCGCCUUUUACGGCAACAGCGAUUGCUGAAAAAGAAUAAUAUCGACCCUGCUACUGGUCUUCCACUGGAUCCCAAAUUCGUCUCUUUCGGUUCCUCUUCUUAGUUAAAAAUAAGCCACUUUCUGCAUUCAUUCACUUUAUAUUUCACCACUUUUUUGUCCUCGUAUCUUUCACCUCCCUAUUCUCCGUGACCCAAUUCCUGUUAUUAGCUCAAUUCAGUUCUCCAUGCCAUGGCAACCAUAAAGCAAGCUGCUCCUCGUAGACACAGACUCGCUGUCGAUGAAUGGCAGUACUUGCGCUUGAAAAUGCAAGUGUGUUCCUGUGACCCUUUUAGACUUGUUUCGUUGACUUGAAAGAAAAGCUUACGUGUAUGUUUUCGAUUACAGUUGGUCUGAAGAGCCCUUUGGUAUCGCUGGCGUGUCG